CCCGCUGGAAGAAAAGAGCGGAGCAACAACUACAGCGAGCGGCGGCGGCGAGAAGCAGCGCAGGGGGAAAGUCGGUGUUGCUCUUCUUCUUCUUGUUUUUUUUUUUUUUGCACGAACAAAUAACGACGGAUCUGUUUUCCGGAGUCGGAUUUUUGAAUCAUCUCGCCUGGAUGAUGAGAAGCGCAGAAGAAAGCCAACGGUGAAAUGACUCCUGGGAUGAACCCAUGAACCCUUCAGGAACUGGAUAUUAAACACGAUUUCCAAGAACACAAUAAUUCCGACAUCACAAAUGUCAACGUUUUUUCAACAUGCCCCAUAAAUGGGAAAUUUGUGGAAUUUGGAUCAGAGGCUGAACCUUCAACAACCCGCCAUGUUUUGAGCCAUUUCUCUUCUUGAUUUUUGUUUUCGUUUAAAAAAAAAAAAAGAAGCACCGUCACUGAAUAACCCGAUGUGUCCUGGAAGCACGCGUAUGUGGCGUCAUGGGUUGGUGUGUGCUUAGCUAGCCAUAAAUCCAUGACCAUGGCUCAGACGAGUUUACUGCAGGGAAAGCGCUUCUACUGCCGAGAGUGGGUUUUCCACAAGAUCCAGCACUGCCUCCAGGAGAAAACCGGCACUUCCUGUGGCUUAGGAAGGGAAGGUCCGCCCGUCACAGGGGGUGGCGCUUCGUCAGGUGCGGGGAAAUCAGGAUCAUGGGGCGUUUUGCUGGUUGGAGGACCAGGAAGCGGCAAAACGGCACUUUGCACGGAGUUGCUGUGGCCGAGCUCGCAGCACGGCAAUCAUCGCGGUUUGAGCCAGUUCUGCCUCGCGUUUCAUUUCUGCCGUGCCGACGAUUCUGACACCGUGUGUGUGAGCGGGUUCAUACGAGGCCUGGUGACGCAGAUGUGCAGAAGCGGACUCGUACCGCAGUACGAAGAGAAAAUCCGUGACCCCGCCCUUCAGAACGCGCUGAAACCUGGAGAGUGUGAGAGGAACCCGAGCGAGGUGUUUAAAAGGUGCGUGCUGCUGCCGCUUUUGAGCUGCACUCCUCCUCCUCAGGCCCUGUUUUUGCUCGUCGACUCCAUAGACGAGGGAAUGAAAGGGGGCGGAACGGACUCGAGUUCUGGCCCCUUGAACCCACGCAGCAUCGGCGAGCUUCUCUCUUCCCACCAUGAACUCCUCCCACCCUGGCUCCUCCUCAUCUGCUCCGCCCGCCGCCAGAACAAAAGUAUCACCAAGCUUUUUACAGGUUUCCGCAAAAUCAGUCUAGAUGACUUGCGCAAGGCUUACAUUGUUAAGGAUGUUCAGCAAUACAUCCUGCACAGGCUAGACCAGGAGGAGGCACUACGGCAACACCUGACCAAGGAGACAGCAGAAAUGCUGAACCAGCUCCACAUUAAGAGCAGCGGCUGUUUCUUGUACCUGGAGCGCGUCCUCGACGGCGUGGUCGAUAACUUCAUCAUGCUCCGUGAGAUCCGCGAUAUCCCCGGAACGCUAAACGGACUCUACCUGUGGCUCUGCCAAAGACUUUUCGUCAGAAAGCAAUUUGCCAAAGUGCAACCCAUCCUGAACGUCAUUCUUGCCGCGUGCAGGCCUUUGACGGUGAAGGAGUUGUACCAUGCCGUCUGGACUAAAAACAUGACCCUGACCAUGGAGGAGUUUCAGAAAAAGAUGGACAUUCUCUCGAAAUUGCUUGUGGAUGGACUCGGAGGUACCAAGAUCCUUUUCCACUACAGUUUUGCCGAGUGGCUUCUUGAUGUUAAGCACUGCACUCAGAAAUACCUUUGCAACGCCGCUGAAGGUCACCGGAUGAUGGCGAUGAGCUACACUUGUAGAGCCAAGCAGCUCAAACCUCUGGAGGUGCAAGAGUUUGCGUUUCACUUGAUCAACUCCAACCUGCAGAUAGAACCUUUUCACUUGGCCCUGUGGAUGGUGUGGAAUGGCACACCUGCAAAAGACUCUCUUUCUACAUCCAUUCCCAAAGAGCAGGAGGUCUUGCAGCUUCUGGUCAAAGCCGGAGCUCACAUCAGCAACGAGGACAACCAUGCUUCGUGCAUUGUUCAGCAAGCGCUGGAGCGAGAGGAUUCCAUUCGCACUUUGCUUGAUAACGGUGCCUCGGUAAACCAGAGCGAUUCCAGCGGACGAACUCUCCUGGCUAACGCGGCGUACAGCGGCAACCUAGAUGUAGUUAACCUGCUUAUUUCCAGAGGUGCCGACAUGGAGCUCGAGGACAACCACGGACAGACGCCGCUCACGCUCGCUGCCAGACAAGGACACACCAAGGUAGUUAACUGCCUGAUCGGCUGCGACGCCAACAUCAACCACACGGACCAUGACGGGUGGACGGCUUUAAGAUCCGCAGCUUGGGGCGGUCAUUCUGAAGUGGUCUCGGCACUCCUCUAUGCAGGCGCGAAGGUCGACUGUGCAGACGCUGACAGCAGAACUGCCCUGAGGGCUGCAGCAUGGGGAGGUCACGAGGAUAUCGUCCUUAACCUUCUCCAGCAUGGAGCAGAAGUCAACAAGGCUGACAACGAAGGAAGGACUGCACUCAUCGCAGCAGCCUACAUGGGACACAGAGAGAUUGUCGAGCACCUGCUGGACCACGGUGCUGAGGUCAACCAUGAGGAUGUUGACGGAAGGACAGCAUUGUCUGUUGCGGCCCUCUGCGUCCCUGCUAGCAAAGGCCACGCUUCGGUGGUCAGUCUUCUGAUUGACCGUGGUGCAGAAGUGGACCACUGUGAUAAAGACUGCAUGACUCCUCUUCUGGUUGCUGCCUACGAAGGGCAUGUGGACGUAGUGGAUUUGCUUCUAGAAGGAGGGGCAGACGUUGACCAUACAGACAAUAACGGAAGAACACCUUUGCUCGCUGCAGCAUCCAUGGGGCAUGCUUCUGUCGUCAAUACGUUGCUCUUUUGGGGUGCGGCCGUCGACAGUAUCGAUAGCGAAGGAAGGACUGUGCUCAGCAUCGCGUCUGCUCAAGGGAACGUGGAGGUGGUCCGAACUCUGCUGGACAGAGGCCUCGAUGAAAAUCACAGAGAUGAUGCUGGUUGGACACCUUUACACAUGGCAGCGUUUGAGGGGCACAGGCAGGUGUGCGAUGCCCUAAUCGAACAAGGUGCUCGAUGCUCGGAGGUGGAUAACGAUGGACGUAUACCCUUGAUCCUGGCUGCUCAGGAGGGACAUUAUGACUGUGUGCACAUCCUUCUCGAGAACAAGUCCUGCAUUGAUCAGAGAGGGUAUGACGGAAGAAACUCCCUCAGGGUCGCAGCUAUGGAAGGGCACAGAGAUAUCGUCGAGCUUUUGCUCAGUCACGGAGCCGACAUAGACUACAAAGACGCCGACGGCCGCCCGACCUUAUACAUACUGGCGCUGGAGAAUCAGCUCGGAAUGGCUGAGUAUUUUUUAGAAAACGGAGCGAACGUAGAGGCGAGCGAUACCGAGGGCAGGACAGCCCUUCAUGUUUCCUGUUGGCAAGGACACGUGGAAAUGGUCAGGUUGCUGAUCAGCUUCCAUGCAGAUGUGAAUUCUUGCGACAACGAAAAGCGAUCCGCUCUUCAGUCCGCUGCAUGGCAAGGUCACACAAAAGUUGUCCAAUUUUUGAUCGACAACGGCACUCGCGUCGAUCACACUUGCAAUCAGGGAGCCACCGCGCUUGGCAUUGCAGCUCAAGAAGGUCACAUCGACGUAGUACAGAUCCUUCUCGAGCACGGCGCGGAUCCGAACCACGCGGACCAGUUUGGUCGUACGGCCAUGAGGGUGGCGGCCAAAGGAGGCCACUCGACGAUCAUCAAACUUUUAGAAAAAUACGGUGCCACUAGUCUGAAUGGCUGCAAUCCCUCACCUAUACAUACUAUGGAGCAGAAAACCCCACUCUCGGUUACAGGAAAGAUGCAGUCACUUACUAUCAAAUCCAGUAGUUCUGGCAGUACAGGAGCCGGAGAUGUUCAACCAUCGGGUCGAGGGUUAUCUAAUGGACCCGUUCAUGCGUUCAGCUCCCCUUCUGAAUCUCCAGACUCCACAGUGGACAGACAGAAGUCCUCCCUCUCCAACAAUUCCCUGAAAAGCUCAAAGAACUCGUCGCUGAGGACUACUUCGUCCACCUCGACAGCCCAGACGGUGCCCAUAGAUAGUUUCCACGGACUUAGCUUCACAGAGCAAAUCCAGCAGCACUCUCUGCCUCGAAGUCGCAGCAGGCAGUCUAUAGUUUCCCCUUCUUCGACCACAAAGUCCGUCGGCCCACAGCCGGGAUCUCCUACUGGUGAAUUUGACUGGAGUCAAGUGAAACCAGGUCUGAAAUCCUCGAAAGGAGGAAAGGGUGGGAAUGGGACCAACUAUUGCACCAGAAAGGAAGGCUCUGGAGACAAGAAGAAAUCUAAAAACAGCAGCGCCCUUCCACACGGUCAGGUUUUGGAAUACGAGAUGACCCAAUUUGAUAAAAGAGUCGCUGUCAACAAGCAAGUGUCCAACUUUGCAGGAAAGGAUACUCAUUGCAAGAUUGUGCUGGGAGGCUCCAAUACUCUGGACUCUGGCCAGUCGCAGGAGCCAUAUUAUAUCCAACAGCAGAGCUGUGCUGAGAAAAAGAGAAAUGGGAUUAUGACCAACCCUAACUAUCACCUACAGGGAAAUCAAGUCUAUUUAGGGAGAGUCUCAGUACCCAGAACUCUGCACAACAGGGGACAUCAGGAAGUUCUCGACAACUACCCGCUAGGGGAAUCUGAAUUAAGCCUUAAACAAGCUCUGAAACUGCAGAUUGAAGGAUCAGACCCUGGGUUCAACUACAAGAAAGAAACGCCGUUAUAACCGGCAUCUUAAACUGAAACCCUCAUCCAGAUGUUAUGGAGAAAGUGCCAAAGCAGCUGUUUUCAUCGGGAAAAAAGUGUCAGGGGAUGUAUGUAUGAAAUAUUCUCCGAUCGAAAGUGCUUGAUCUGGAAUCAGAUUUGAUACUGUAUGUCCUAACAAAGUUGGAUACAACAUGAAAUUAUCAGAAAGGAACUGAUCUCAGAUGGGUACUUAACUCCUGAAAUGUAUACAUAUGCUCUCAGAAACCAUUGCUACUCAGCCCUCAGUGAAACACCUCAGCUAGAAUGAAAAGAAGAAAAAUAAAAAAUAAAUUGUGGAAACCCAAGGGAAGUAUCCUGAAUGCAGCAUAUGGCAAAUCAUAUGAACUGAAUAUCUAUGUGCCUACCGAUGUUACAGCCUACUCAUAUUCAUGCACACCAUCAUUUUAAUUUAAUGUAUUGCUAUUUAAUAAGCCAUGUAUGCACUUUUUAUUUUUUCUGCAAUGAAAAAAAAUCUAAUCACUUAUGCUCGGUUUUCUUUUUUCCUUCAUUUUUAUGGUGCUUGUUUUUUUGAAUAUAUAUUAUUUUUAAUUUGUUGAUUUUUCCAUUUUCCAUGAACAAAAUUGGUUUGAGUGUUUCUCACUUUUCUACCUGUAUAAAACAAGCAAAAUUGACAGCAACGAAUCACCUGACCAGGGAAAAUAUCAAGAAUAUCAAUAAUCGCCUCUGGAGGAAAAAAAAAAAAAAUCAGAAACACAGCAGAUCUCCUUCCGAAUCUUGUUGUAUCACAGAUUCUGUCAACCAGUCAGUAUGCGUUUAAUAGUAAUGGCAGAAAACUAAUUACGCCCCCUCAGAGUAGUCAAUCGUAUUUAUUUUUUUUUAAAGUCACUUUUAGUUGUCAUCCUAUUUCAUGGUGCUCUGUGUUUUUGUAUUUGCUAUUACGAUUAUUUUUCAACUUUGUCACCGACAUUGUCUUAUUUUAAAUUUAUAUCAUGUUUAUUGUAGUAUUAGCUGUGCCCUGAGGGGCGGGGCUUUGUUUGACCCUGCCUCACAUUUUUAUUUAGUCCCUGUGGGACCCUUUUUUAAUUAUUUUUUAAAUGCCAUUGAUUAUUAUGUUGAAUUAUUUACAGUCAUAUUUAAACGUGAAUAGAAUUUGGUGCUACAGUAUGUACAAAACCGUUUCCUGUUCUAAAAAUUAUUUACUGUAGGUUCAGUCCCCCCCCUCCAUCUAUUUUCCAGACUAUAAGACACCUUCUUUUUUCUCAAGAAUGUACUGUGAUCUGUAUCUGUACCAGGUAACGUAUGCUCCACAAAAUCCAAUCAAUAAAUGAAGUGAAUUUACACACGUCAUCAUGGCAAGCACAAAUUACUAAUGCUUUGUUUGGUUUUGAACCGAAUAUUCAACUUGAUUGGACUGAACCACCUGGUUCAUCAUUGGUGGACAAAUCAGGAAAUUAUUAUCAGGCAAAUAAAACCUCGAAUGUUGAGAGGGUUUUUUUUUUUCUUUCUCUGGUUGUUGAACCUAAUCGUCCAUAGGUUCAGUGUCUGGGCUACGGAUUUGUCCACGUCUGAUAACGUAAAAUCUAAAUACCUGUGAGAUAAAUGUACUUGAGGGAGCGAAGACAUGCUCAGAGUCAAGACUUGAACAAGAAAGUUAAUAUUGAGACCUAUCUGUCAAGAAGGUCACUCCGAGAGCGAAGACUUCUGCGAAGGCCAAAUGCCGAAUGUCACAAAGUUGGCAGAAGUGAAACUCAAUUCAUGGAUCUGCCCUAUGAUUUGGAUCCGGUCAAAAUUUUAAUGGAUACUUCCUUGGCCCGUGCUACACCUUUCCACCAAGUUUCAUGAAAAUCAGCCUGCUAGAUUUUGCGGAAUCCUGCUUCCGGUCAGACAAACAAACAGUCCUGAACCCAUUACCUGCUUUGCAGAGGUAAAUAAGCUUUGUUCGUUGUCGUACGAUAACCUACUACGUGAAAGUCUUUGUGAAGAACUGGAUGAGGUUUCAGGAUGAUAUCUUUGAAAAAUAUUUGGGUGAGCUUGAUCAACAUUGCAUGUUUAGCUACAUUCGCCUCAGAGUUACAGUGCAAACCGAAAAGAAAUAAAUAUUGCAAAGACUCCGAUUGAAUAUCUUUAAGCUAAUUUUGGGUUUUUGUUGUUCAUCACAUUAUUCCUUCAGUGUGACUUCUGAAAUGGCGCAACUUCUAGAUUUUAUUUUCUCAAAUAAGCGUGUCUUAUAGUACGGAAAAUACAGUAAGGUUAUUCUUGUCCACAUUGAUGUAUCCAGUGAGAAUUCCAAGUUAAAAACAAUUUUUCGGUCUUUGACGAGGCUUCGUCUGUCCUGACAAUUACACCGAUCAACCAUAACAGGCGAAGUGAAUAACACUGUCUCGUUACAAUGGCACUUGUAAAAGGGGUGAGAGCAAGUGAACAGUCACUUCUUGAAGUUGAUGUGUUGGAAGCAGGAAAAAUGGGCAAGUGUAAGGAUCUGAGUGACUUUGAGGAGGGCCAAAUUGUAACGAGUCGGGGCCCAUUAAAAAAGAUCCCCAAUAAUUUUGGCUCAUCUGUUCUCUUAGAACGUAAUAAUCAAUUGUAAAGUGUAUUAAAGGGAUGCAACAUCACUCCCUGUGACAGAUGGGAACCCAGGAAUUAAAUAAAUGCAGUAAAAACUAACUUCUUAAUUGUCUGUAUUGUAUGGAUGUAAAACUGUAUGGAUGUACCAGAAGCCAACAUAAAACCAUGUAUGCUCAGUCAAAAGGGAUUAAUGAUCCAAAAGUGGAGUCUGGUUGAUUAACACAAGAACUUAUUACUGUGUUUGUGCACGGCAAGCAAGCAAGUUAUUAAAACCAAGAAGUAUGCUCAAAAGAAGUGGAUAUAGAACCCACUCAAUGGGAUAGAUCCUUACACGCAAACAAAGAAGAAUUUUUCCGACGAGUUGGGAAAUUAUCCAUCCGUUGAGUUCCCCGACAUUUCAAACAACCUCAAAUUGUCCCCGACUAAAACUUAGCUUCAACUUGGAAAAAAAUCGCGGAUGGCGCUUCACAGCCCAGUAGUUGAGAAACACCGGGCUAGAUGACUGGGUCUGAGCAUCUCCAAAAUGGCACGUCUUGUGGGGUGUUUCCGAUAUGCAGUGGUCAUUACCUGCCAAAAGUGGUCCAAGAAAGGAGAACCAGUGAGAGGGUCACGGGUGUCGAAGGCUCAUUGAUUCGCAUGGGGUACAAAGGCGAGCUCGUAUGGUCCAAUUCCACGGAAGAGCUCCUGGAGAAAAAACCGCUAGCCAUCGUGCCCCAUGCGGCAAAUCGAUGAGCCCUUGUCAGAGUCACUCAGAUCCUUACGCUUGUCCAUUUUUCCUGCUUCCAACACAUCAACUGCAAGAAGUGACUGUUCUCUUGCUGCCCAAUAUAUCCCACCCCUUGACAGGUGCCACUGUAAUGAGAUAAUCAAUGUGAUUCACUUCACCUGUCGGCGAUUUUAAUGUUGUGGCUGAUCGUUGUAUGUAUCAUGAUGCUCAGGCUGACGAAAUAGACAAAUUUCUCUUCAUUACAUUAUCAACUUGAAUAAAAAAAAACAAGGCAAAGAGGCUGGAGCUGUUAUCUUGCAUUAAAAUUAAAGUAACAUGUUCAUAUUUUGGUUUCAGGGCAUCAUAUAAAUUGUGUUCCCAUCAUGCCAAAGUUGAAACAGUAAUGGGAGAGUGAGCGAAUUUAUACGAGUCGAGUGUGUGUGUAGCGCUUCGUUUUACGCUGCUGGCAGUGAGAGCUGAAGAAGAAAAGAAAGGUGAGAGCAAAAAAAAAAAAGAAGAAGAAGAAAAGACUAACAAAGACCAUUGAAAGCUCAGGAUGUCUGAACAAGAGCCUUUCAUUCGAAGGGAGGAGAGAGAAAGAGUCUUUUGAAAGAAUUCUGGACAGUAUUCAGAAAUGCUAAGCCAUCUGUUGACCUGCAGUGUUGCUCCAUUUUAUUUUCUGUUCCUCCACCAUGCAUGUCCUGUCUGUCUGUCUGUCUGUCUGUCCUGUGGAGUAUCGCAGCCUCGGGGUUUGAUGGAAGAAGUCUGAGAUUGGAGAUUGUAAAUAGCUUGACCAUGUACAUUUACACUUCACUUUUUUUUUCUUGUAUUAUAUAAAAGCGAUUUUUUUUUUCUGACGUAUAUUAAAGUGCUUAAUAAACAUAUUUGCUUUACUGCUGAA